UAAAUAUAGAUUUAUAAUAUAACACUCGUACGUAAAGAUUGAAAAUCAAAAUUUUGAUGGCCUUUUCACAAUCAAAUUCAAGAGAAUUACAAAACAGAAAAAUCUUAGAAGAAUUGCAACUAAAGAAACAAAUGCUUUUAAAACAAGGUGUCGCACCAACAUUGAAUACGUCGUUAGCUGUUACUUCGUCGAGUUCUCCUUCUAAUUUGCCUUCAACACAGCCUUCUGAUGGUGUCACAAUGAGUGCAUCGCAAAGAGCUGCUUUACAUAAUGCACAUGCAGCAUCGUCAGGAUAUUUUGUGACACAGGAUUCUUCUUUUGGUAAUCUUAUUUUACCAGUUCUCCCUAGAUUUGAUACAAUAAAGAAAAUGGCUAACGUACAACUUUCCGAGUUAGAAGAGUAUUUGCAACAGUUGGAUGGAUUUGAUGAGCCAAAAGUAUUACUUGAACAAUAUUCUACUAGUGCUCAUAUUGCAUCGCACAUGUUAUAUUGCGCUCAAAUACAAUUCGCUGAUAUUGAGGGCCGUACGGUAGCUGACUUAGGUUGUGGGUGUGGUAUUCUAUCACUGGGUGCACAGAUGCUUGGAUCGAGUCAUGUGAUUGGUUUUGAAAUAGACGCUGAUGCACUUAAGAUACAAUAUAAAAAUUGUAGUGAAAUAGAAUUAUUUGUAGAAGCUGUACAGUGUGAUAUACUACGAUAUUUACCAGGACGAUUUGAAAAGUAUUUCGAUACUGUUAUUAUGAAUCCACCUUUUGGUACAAAGCGUAAUGCAGGUACAGAUAUGAAAUUUUUGAAAAUCGCAACCAAAUUGGCAUCAAAUGUUGUGUAUUCAUUACAUAAAAGAAGUACACGUAAUUAUGUUCUACAGAAAGCUGCACAAUAUGGUGCCAAAGGCAAGGUUAUUGCAGAAUUGAAAUAUGAUCUACCAAAAGCAUAUAAAUUUCAUAAAAAAGCCUCUGUAGAUGUCCAGGUUGAUUUUAUACGAUUUGAAUUAUUAAAUCAUUGAAAUAUUUUUAUGAAACCAAUUUUA